UCAAAACGGCAGGAUGGAAAGUUUCGUUCUCUUUCGUGGAGGCAAACGCGUUACCAUGAAAGACGAUGACAUGUCUGUGGACAAGAUAUGCAGGAUUUUUCAGGUCCAGGCAAGUAGUCUGUACAUUACAGAUGAUGCAAACACUGCAGUAUUCCCAGACCCAACAGGACGAUUUUGCACCUACAGUCUCACACAUCGCGCCCAUUACGAGGUCCACGGAGAUCCAGAUCAAAGUCAGCCCCCUGCAAAUAGGGCCCUAAACACUGCAAGCGUUCCUUUUGCCUUCAUGCGCCGACCUUCAUUUUCUGCUUCCACUGAAACACCAGGAGCUUCGCUUGGAACUCCACGAGCUGGUGGGCUGUUCCCAGCAAGAUCGUUCCAAAGGUCAAUCCAUAUUGCUGAAGUAGUUAAUGAAAAGUUAAGUACUUCAGGGACAGUGGUGAUUCGCUUUUUGGAAGCUGAUGCAACUGUUGAAGGAAUAACGUCUAAGGUGAAGGAUGCCUUAAGCUGUCAUGAGCCACUAACCCUCACAGACAGCCAAGGAAAUGAAAUAACUGACUCCGAGGCCACAAGAAGUUCCCAGUACUGGAAACAGAACUCCAGAAAAAUCUUUGCCAUCUCAGAACAAGAAUUUGUGGAGUUCCAAAAUGUGAAUAAAAAAUGUCCAUAAUUAGGCUACAUGCUAGUGACUUUAAUGCUUUUCAAAUGUCAGUUCUUAUUCAUAAUUAUUAUUUGAACUUCAUUUGAUAGUCUUUUUAUUUUUGUUGUUUUUGACCAUCCUUUCUUUACUGUUCCCGACAUUAAGUCGAAGGACUGACGACGGUUCGAGCCUACAGGAGGUUGUUGCUAAAAUUGAUCAACUAAAACAAGCUGCAGAGGGCCUCCAAGACAUCACUUCAACUAUAAACCAGUUGUCUGAGCUUGCAAAAACUCAAACCACAGCCAUAAUGUCUAAUGCCUCUCGGCGCCAAAUUAAGGAGGCAUUCACCUGUCUUAUUUGUAAAGCUCUAUUGUCAGAGCCCAUGUUUGCCACAUGUUGCCAGUCUCUGGUUGGAUGCCGAACAUGUGUGGAGCAGUGGCUGUUAACUGCAGACAGCUGUCUAAAAUGCAGAAAAGAAGAGUUCAACUCCAAGGUCCAUCAGGUUAGGGGUCUCUCGGAUGUUCUUUCUUUCUUCAAUGAGAUCUAACAAUGAGAUUGUUAGUUAUGCAUCAUUGUUUUAGUAAGGAUGGGCAUACGUGUUACCAGAAAGCUACAGAGGCUGCAAAGUGUGUAUUUCAAGCAAACUGCUGUUAAAUUCAGUUCUCAAAUUUGUUCUGUAAUGUUGGUAUGAUAUGCUGCAACAUAAUGUUUAUGAGUAGAACACUAGUUUGUAAAUGCAAUUAAGUUUAAGGAAGUUAAACUUACCAGAAAGCUACAGAGGCUGCAAAGUUUGUAUUUCAAGCAAACUGCUGUUAAAUUCAGUUCUCAAAGUUGUACUGUAAUGUUGUAUAAGCUGCAACAUCCUGUUUAAU